AUGUGGGACCCUAAUCAACCGGCUGCUAGCUCUCAAGAAAAGGAUGAUUCAUGGGAGGUUAGAGCCUUCGCGGAAGACACUGGAAAUAUCAUGGGCACAACUUGGCCACCACGCUCCUACACUUGCGCGUUUUGCAGGCGGGAAUUCCGGUCAGCCCAGGCCCUUGGUGGCCACAUGAAUGUGCACCGCCGUGACAGGGCUCGCCUCCACCAAGCUCAGCCAAAUUUGAAAAACCCUUACAUGACCUCUUCAAUUUCUUCUUCUUCUUCGUCCACUCUCUUGAUCCCAACACAAGACUUUGAUGGAAAUGGUGGUUUAUGUCUUCUAUACUCUUUACCGAACCCUAAUACCAUAUUUAGCCCUAUAAAAACAUUCAAUGAUAACACCUCUAGUCGUCUCCCAAUUGCACCACAUCCCACCACUGCUAACUUGAUGAACUUUCCAGUAGCUGUGCUUCCUGACAAUAUCAAAUCUUCUCUAUCCAACUCUAGCAACACUCACGGAUCAAUGUCCACCUGCAGUAACAAUAACAAUCAUCUUCUCUUCACAAAUUCCUCAGUGGAAGAGUUAGAUCUAGAGCUUCGUCUCGGACGCAGUUCAACAUCACCUACUUGA